AACCCUAACCCUAACCCUAACCCUAACCCUAACGCUAACCCUAACCCUAACCCUAACCCUAACCCUAACCCUAACCCUAACCCUAACCCCAAUCCCUACCCUGACACUAACCCUAAACCUAACCCUGACCCUAACCCUAACCCUAACCCUAACACUAACCCUAACCCUAACCCUAACCCUAACCCCAACCCUCACCCCAACCCUAACCCUAACCCUAACCCUAACCCUAACCCUAACCCUAACCCUAACCGUAACCCUGUCCCUAACGCUAACCCCAACCCUAACCGUAACUCUAACCCUAACCCUAACCCUAACCCUAACCCUAACCCUAACCCUAACCCUAACCCUAACCCUAACCCUAACCCUAACCCUAACCCUAACCCUAACACUAACCCUAAUGCUAACCCUAACCCUAACCCUAACCCUAACCCUAACCCUAACCCUAACCCUAACCCUAACCCUAACCCUAACCCUAACCCUAACCCUAACCCCAACCCUAACCCUAACUCUAACCCUAACGCUAACCCUAACUCUAACCCUAACCCUAACCCUAACCCUAACCCUAACCCUAACCCUAACCCUAACCCUAACCCUAACCCUAACCCUAACCCUAACCCUAACCCUAACCCUAACCCUAACCCUAACCCUAACACUAACUCUAACCGACGUAACCCUAACGCUAACCCCAACCCUAACCCUAACUCUAACCCUGACCCUAAUGCUAAUGGCCAUAACCCUAAACCUAACCCUAACCCUAAC